AUGGAUGUCCUCUCGACUAGCACCCCCAACGGGGAUCCCGGACCUACAGCGAUAUUAGAGCCCGUGGAUCCCCUCGACGUCCUCGAACAUAUUGCCAAUCUGAUUGAGACUACACUGGGUGCUGCCAGGAGAGAGCUCGAAGCAGUUGGCAGCCUUUUGUCCAAAGCCAGCCGUCCCGAAUCCCUCAACAAGUGUGCUCGAUUUGCCACAGAUCCUCAGAUUACUCUCUAUGCGCAAAAGGAUGUUCGGGAAGAACUGGUUAAUGGUCACGAUGACACCCCAAAAAUCGAGCAUCGAUAUACCCUUUCAUCCGAGUUGUCCCCUGCACAAACGACUGUUGCCACGAUCGCCUUUUUGAAACUCUCCGGCCCUCUCGAUGCACGGAAGUCGAUAGCCAGUCAGAUUCAAGUCUUCAAUCUCCCGGGUUCCUACAACAUUGGUGGUGAAGCAAACACCGGCGGAGACGUUAUCUCACCCUACGAAGUGGUCUACUCGCUCCUACACAACGUUCUCAGCCCAUACUUUGAGGCGUACACCCGGCAGCAUGGCUCCAUCAACCGAAACUGGUAUGACCCCCAGGCAAAAGGGGGUAUUCCUGGUGCGAAGAGAAGGAUUGCGGAAUUGGAAAUGAGUCUCCUGCACCUGCAGCAAAACACUGAUAUCCCAAUGAUACACUUGCCCAUGCAUGAAGUGGUGAUGGGAGCCGUACAAAAUGCCGAAGCACAAGGAUUGUCCCCUUCUGUGCAAUUGAUUCCGGCUCACGUCCUUGAGAAUACCACCGUUCUGAACAGCAUCCAAAACCAUGUGAUUGGCUGGAUCAAAUCAAUACAGAAUAUCACCAAACUGACCAAAGAUGUCAAGGAUGCGACACCCGCACAGACCUCUGCCGCGCAGGAAAUUAAUUUCUGGUUGUCAUUGGAGGCUUCGUUGAAUAAACUAGUGGAAGAAAUAAGUCUCGACCAUGUCCGUUUGACGUUGGAGAUUCUCAAGAAAGCCAAGCGGCAACAGGCGGUUGUCAGUUUUGAAACCGACACCGGCUGGAGAGACGCUCUCGAAGUCGUGCGGAACUACAACACGCUCAUGAGGGACUUUCCCUUGGAUGAACUGUCUUCUGCAACGUCAUUCCAGAAACUGGCAGAAGCUCUUGUCCUAAUCUUCAAUCAUCUGAACAAGAAAUGGAGGGUGUGCAACUACCCCAUUCGCCGAGCACUCAGGCUGGUGGAGGGUAUCUCGGAAGAUAUGAACGCUCAGAUUCUUCGUCUGCUUCAAGGCCGCUCGAUCAUGUCACUCAGCUGGGACGAGUUUACCGACCUAAUGAACUCAGUCAACCUGGUCUGGGAGACAUGGGAUGAUCAGAUGAAGAGUUUCACAGCUGUUGCCCGGGAGAUUACAAGGCGCAAAAACACCGACUUUGUGCCCGUGAAGAUAAUUCCUCGACACGCUCAAACUCAAGAACGACUGCGGUACGUCUACCGCUUUCGGAACGACCACGAACAGCUACGUCGGACGAUAAUCAACGUUCUUGGAUCCAAAGCCCACACAACGGACUCGACUCGACCAGCCGAUGAUGGUGGAGCUGCUAUCAUCGAGGAACUAGGAGAUGUGGAUGCCGUUGAGGAAGUUGCUGGAGCCUAUGACAUUGUCCGCCAUGUGGAUGUGUUAGAUGUGUCUCCGAAGGGGACAGAAAUAUGGGUGCAGGCUGAAAUGCAGUAUACUGAGCGCACAUCUCGGGUGGAGGAUUCAAUCAUCACCAGGCUUAGAGAUCGGUUAGGCAAAGCGAAGACGGCAAACGAGAUGUUUCGAGUGUUUGAAAAAUUCAACGCUCUACUGGUCCGCCCCAAGGUUCGGGGCGCUAUCGCCGCAUAUCAGACCCAGCUUCUGGACAAUGUCAAGAACGCUAUCGCUUCCCUCCACGAGCGAUUCAAACAGCAGUACGGUGGCUCCGAAGCACAGAUGAUGGCUCAACUUCGCGACAUCCCUCCUGUAGCAGGGGCAAUCCUGUGGGUCCGUCAAAUCGAAGCACAGUUAAACAAUUAUAUGUCCAAGGUUCAAGCGGUCCUAGGAGAAGACUGGAUGCUACAUACCGACGGGGAGAAGCUCGAAGCGGAGAGCAAUCUGUUUCGCAAGAAGCUAACAACCAGGGACAUCUAUGAGGCAUGGCUUAGGGAUGUCCAAGCGAGGGACAUCUCUGUCACCGGCAGACUGUUCUCUAUUUCUCGGAGUCGUACAGCUAAUGGUGCCAUGGAGCUCAUUGUGAACUUUGACAAUCAUGCCAUUUCCCUGUUCAAGGAGGUCAGAAAUCUGAGUUGGCUGAACUACCAGAUUCCACAUCGGAUAGCGACAACCGCCAAACAAGCUCAGCGUGUAUAUCCAUACGCUUUGAGCCUUAUGGAGAGUGUCGCAGGGUACUUUUCCGCAGUCCGAGCCAUUCAAGAAAUGCCCAAUAUUGCACCUCUGAUGGCCGGGUAUGAGAAGGAAGUGCAGAGUCUCUUUGCCACCGGUAUCAAACUCCGUUGGGACUCUUUCAUUCACUCUUAUGAACUCCACAUCAAAGGGAAAGCGACUACAAAUGACUCGGCUCAUGUGCAGUACGUCCGUGAUUUGGCUACAGCGGUCACAACUCUGCAAAGCAAGACUGCGACUGUGCGAAGCCUCGACCAAAGCAUCCAGGUUGCUCUUUCUGAGAUGAAGAGCUGCCCUUAUACAGCCAAGAAUUUCCAGGCCCAAAUGGACAUCAUCCAGAAUGCUGUGGACAAGAUGAAUCUGGAGAACUAUUCAAAUCUCUCUAAUUGGGUUUCGCAGCUGAACUCGCAGUUGCGCCACAUCUUCGAGGAACGACUACGAGCUGCUCUCAGGUACUGGAUUACUUCUUUCACCUCCACAGACGAACAAUACCCAGUCUCAGAGGAGUCAAUCCAUCAUGUUCAGUUCCCCCCUACACAAAUCGAGAUCAUGAUGAAUAAUCAGACAGUUUUCGUCGAUCCUCCUCUCAACUUUGUCAAGGCUUCGUGGGUGCUCCAGCUAGAAGACUGGUUGGAAGUCUUGUGUCACUUGCCUCAGGUCAGAGCUUCUCGAUACUCGGUGACUGCAGAUAUCGGUUCACCGCAAGUAUCGCCUUCAUUCACAGAUCUACCGCUGCAGAAUGUUGAGGUUCUGCAGGCUGCCUACAACGCCAUCGACACCAGAAUCGAAAAUAUGGCUUUUUACCUCGAGGAGUGGUACACCUACCAGAAUCUGUGGGAUCUCCGGAGCGAUCAGUUACAUGAAACUCUGGGUGAUGAUCUCGCUCAGUGGCACCAGCUCCUACAAGAAGUUCGACAUGCACGUUCAACGUUUGACACCUCCGAGGGACGCAAGAGCUUCGGCAGUGUGGUCUUCGAUUAUGAGCAGGUCCAAUCGAAGAUUACACAGAAAUAUGAUCAAUGGCAAUAUGAGAUAACCAGCAAAUUUGGCGGCAUUCUCGGCAAUCGUAUGGCUGAAGUGUACACUGAUAUGAAACGAUCACGCCUCGAGCUCGAAAAUCACUCCUUAGAGGCGUCAUCCACUGCACAAGCCGUUGCAUUCAUCACCAUUGUCCAACAGUGCAGACGAAAUGCUAUAAUAUGGGGUCCUGAAGUCGACAUCUUCAGACAAGGCCAGACAACCCUUUCAAGACAGCGGUACAAUUUUGCUAGUGACUGGCUUUCUGCAAACCAAGUGAGCGACGAAUGGGAUGCUUUCGAAGAGAUAUUGAAUCGCAAAAGCAAGAUUGUUGAAGAUCAGACGGAUGCGCUACGGGCCAACAUCAUCGCAGAAGACCGCGUUAUCGGCAGCCGCAUAGCUGAUGUGGUUGCUCAGUGGACGGAGGAGAAGCCAGUUUCCGGAACAAUUCCACCUGCAGAAGCUGCUGAGCUCUUGCGUGUCUACCAAACUCGCAUGGAGAAGUUGCAAGCGGAAGCUGAAACUGUCUCGAGAGCGAAAGAAGCCCUUGCGCUGCCAUCUUCUCGAGAUGAUUCUUUGACUGCCGCCUUGGAAGAAGUGAACGAUUUCAAGUCUGUCUGGUCCGCCCUGUCUACGAUAUGGGAAAGCAUCAACGAGCUCCGAGAGAUGCUAUGGACUAGCUUACAACCACGAAAGCUUCGUCAAUCAUUGGACGGAUUAGUGAAGAUGACGAAAGAGAUGCCCAGUCGAAUGCGGCAAUAUGCAGCUUUUGAGCAUGUCCAGACGGUUCUCCGCCAGUUGAUUAAAGCAAACCCGCUGCUGAAUGACCUCAAGUCGGAUGCCAUUCGAGAAAGACAUUGGCUAAAGAUCCACAAAGCCUUGAAGCCUAACAAGAGAUAUUCUGAGGUGUCGAUGACUCUCGGGGACGUCUGGGAUCUUCAGUUAAUCACCAGCGAAGCAACUAUCCGGGACAUCAUCGUCCAGGCAAGAGGAGAGCUCGCCCUCGAAGAAUUUGUUAGACAAAAUAAGUGCCGGCUCAUUCGGGGCUGGGAUGACCUGUUCUCCAAAUGCAGUGAGAAUUUGAAUUCCCUUCAAGCUAUGCGGCACUCCCCAUACUACAAAGAGUUUGAGGAAGAAGCCUCAUCAUGGGAGGACAAGCUAAAUCGCGUCCAUGUUCUGUUCGAUAUCUGGAUCGAUGUUCAAAGACAAUGGGUUUACUUAGAAGGCGUCUUCACCGGAAACAACGAUAUCAAACACCUUCUACCCACCGAGUCCAGCCGAUUCUCCAACAUCAACACAGAGUUUUCUGCCGUCAUGAAGAAGGUCUAUAAGUCUCCAUUUGUCAUGGAUGUGCUUGCAAUUCCCGGUGUACAGAAAUCCUUAGAGCGGCUAGCAGAACUCCUGACCAAGAUCCAGAAGGCCUUGGGCGAGUACCUCGAACGGGAGCGAGUAUCAUUCCCUCGAUUCUACUUUGUUGGUGAUGAAGACCUGCUUGAGAUCAUUGGCAACAGCAAUGAUAGCAGCCGCGUCGCGAAGCAUUUCAAGAAGAUGUUUGCUGGGAUAUCUGGCGCCGAAGUGACCGAUGACAACACGAUCGCGGCCAUUACUUCAAAGGAAGGCGAGGUCGUCAGGCUGAAGAAGGAGGUUUCUCUCAUCAAACUCCCGAAAAUCAACGAUUGGCUUACAGCUCUCGACACCAAUGUUAAGCAGACCUUGGCCGAAUUACUUGCCGAAGCGGCCACUGCCUUCAGGCCGUUGUUUACUGCGCCUGAACUAGAUGUCAAUCAAUUCCAAGAGUACAUGACGCGAUUCCCGGCACAGAUAAUGAUCCUCGCCGCCCAAGUUGUAUGGACCGAACUUGUUCAAGGAGCACUUGAAGGUGGUGGCCAAGAAUUACCAAAGCUUCACGAGUAUGAAGUCCGUCUGCUCGACGUUCUGGCCGAGAGCGUGUUGCAAGACCUCCCGGCCUUGACUCGCAAGAAAUGCGAGCAUUUCAUUACCGAGGCUGUUCAUCAACGAGAUGUCAUUGCAAAGCUCAUGAAAGCGGAAGCAAAUACACCGGGACACUAUCUCUGGCUUCUGCAAAUGCGGUAUGUUUAUGACCCCAAUGCAGAUCUAAUGAGCCGCCUCCGCAUCCAAAUGGCGAAUGCAGACCUGGAUUACGGCUACGAAUACCUUGGAGUGCCAGACCGCCUGGUUCGGACACCACUAACUGAUCGAUGCUUUUUGACACUUACACAAGCACUUUGCCAGCGACUUGGGGGUUCACCAUAUGGUCCUGCGGGAACUGGGAAAACUGAGUCAGUCAAAGCCCUAGGACUUCAACUGGGGCGCUUCACUUUGGUGUUCUGCUGUGACGACACUUUCGACUUCCAAGCGAUGGGCCGCAUAUUUCUAGGGCUUUGUCAAGUAGGAGCUUGGGGAUGUUUUGACGAAUUCAAUCGUCUUGAAGAAAGAAUCCUCUCGGCUGUGUCGCAACAGAUCCAAAAUAUUCAGAUUGGUCUCAAAAACACCACCAACGAACAGAAGGCACAAAUCGACCUGGUGGGCCGUCGCUUCAGAGUCAACCCAAAUUCUGGCUUGUUUAUCACAAUGAAUCCCGGUUAUGCUGGCCGUUCUAACCUGCCGGAUAACCUGAAGAAGCUCUUUAGAAGUGUCGCAAUGUCAAAGCCAGACAAGGAGUUAAUCGCUGAGGUCAUGCUUUUCUCGCAGGGCUUCAAGCAAGCCAAACAUAUCUCGCACCAGGUCGUGCCCUUUUUCGAUCACUGUGCACAGCGACUUUCGAAGCAACCUCAUUACGAUUUCGGUCUGAGAGCACUGAAAAGUGUCCUCAUUAGCUCCGGCGGUCUCAAGAGAGUGCGUAUGCAAACUCCAGAGGGGCUUCCAGGAGACGAGAGCAUCAUUGAACCGCAAAUCAUUGUGCAGAGCAUUCGAGAAACAGUGUCUCCAAAAUUGAUCAAGCAAGACGUCGAAACCCUCAUUGAAGUCCAGGCAGAAGAUUUCCCCGGCGUGGAAUAUGUCCCUGCAAGCAUGACCAAGCUGAUGGAGGCAAUCAAGCAAGUGAUGCAAGAACAGCACCUCACAGAAAGCGAGGCUUGGAUGACGAAGAUUCUCCAGUUGUAUCAAAUUCAAAACAUCCACCACGGUGUGAUGAUGGUUGGACAAUCUGCCUCUGGUAAAUCUGCCAUCUGGAGAGUUCUGCUCCAAGCCUUGCAGAAAGUGGAGGGCAUUGAAGGUGUGUAUCAUGUAAUUGAUCCGAAGGUCAUGUCAAAGGAAGCACUCUAUGGCAGUCUCGACAGCACAACGCGGGAGUGGACCGACGGCUUGUUCACCGCCAUCCUGCGCAAGGUCGUUGACAACCUUCGUGGUGAAGACAGCAAGCGGCAUUGGAUCGUCUUUGACGGAGACGUCGAUCCCGAAUGGGUAGAAAACCUGAACAGCGUUCUUGACGACAACAAAUUACUCACCCUGCCGAACGGUGAAAGACUGAACUUGCCACCAAAUGUUCGAAUCAUGUUCGAAGUCGAGAGUCUCAAGUAUGCCACGCUUGCCACGGUCAGCCGUUGUGGCAUGGUGUGGUUCUCCGACGACACAGUUAGCCCGUCCCUCAUGAUGGACCACUUUCUUCAGAAGCUCGCGGACCGAACGUUUGAGGACCUGGAUGAUGAGAUUAAAGCUGCUGGCCUCAGUACGAAAGCUCAAGAGACACAGCGCGACGUGGUCGAGACCUUGAAAGGGUUGAUGCAGCGCGAUGAUUUUCUUCUGAAAGCACUGUCAUCAGCGGCAGGCCACAAGCAUAUCAUGGAGUUUACUACAGCCAGGGCGCUCGGCAGUCUGUUCAGUCUGCUGGCUAAAGGAUGCCGCACCAUCCUGGAGUACAACAUGAAUCAUCCUGAGUUUCCCCUGGAUUCGGAGCAGACAGAGGCUUUCAUCUCGAAGAAGCUUCUAUUGGCAAUUGUCUGGAGUUUCGUGGGCGAUGCGUCUCUCAGCAUCCGUAAGAACUUUGGAGACUUCCUGUCCUCGAUGACGAACGUCGACCUACCCACCCUCGACAGCUCUACUUCGCUCAUCGAUUACGAUGUGACCCUGCCCCAUGCUCAAUGGGUGCCAUGGCAGGCUCAAGUACCGACGGUUGACUUGAACACGCAUUCAAUCACCCAGACUGAUGUUAUCAUCCCUACGAUCGAUACUGUCCGCCAUGAGGACGUCUUGUAUUCGUGGUUAUCGGAACACAAACCUUUGAUGCUGUGUGGUCCACCUGGUUCUGGUAAAACAAUGACCCUCUUCAGUGCCCUCCGCAAACUACCCGAUAUGGAGGUUGUUGGUCUCAACUUCUCAAGUGCAACACAGCCAGAGCUUGUCAUCAAAACAUUUGAGCAAUACUGCGAGUACAAAAAGACCCUCAAUGGGAUGGUACUGUCCCCCACCCAACUGGGGCGGUGGCUGGUCAUUUUCUGCGACGAGAUCAAUCUUCCCGCCCCUGAUAAAUACGGAACCCAGCGCGCUAUCAGUUUCCUGCGACAGCUCGUGGAACAAAAUGGGUUUUGGCGCCCUACUGACAGAGUCUGGGUCACCUUGGAACGUAUUCAAUUCGUCGGCGCCUGCAAUCCACCAGAAGAUGUGGGGCGUCAUCCCAUGGGUGACAGAUUCCUGCGACACGCGCCCGUGGUCAUGGUUGACUAUCCCGGCGAGGUCUCCCUGGCCCAGAUUUACGGCACCUUCAAUAAUGCGGUUCUCAAGGUGGUGCCCUCAUUGCGAGGAUUUGCGGAGGCGCUAACACACGCCAUGGUUGAGUUCUACCUGAAGUCUCAAGCUAGAUUUACGCCGGACAUCCAGCCUCACUAUGUUUACUCGCCUCGAGAACUGACCCGAUGGGUCCGCGGCAUAUAUGAGGCUAUAGCCCCUCUUGAACACCUCUCCCUGGAGGGACUGAUUCGAAUCUGGGCGCACGAAGCAUUGCGGUUGUUCCAAGAUCGACUCGUUGAACAAGAGGAGCGGGCAUGGACUUCUGAUAUGAUACGACAGACCGCCCUGGAACACUUUCCAACUGCCGAUAUUGACCAAGCUCUACAGGGGCCAAUCCUGUUCUCUAAUUGGCUUUCGAAGAACUAUGUCUCUGUUGAGCAAGAACAAUUACGUGAGUUUGUCAAGGCACGCCUCAAGACAUUUUGCGAGGAAGAGGUCGAUGUCCCUCUAGUGCUGUUCAAUGAUGUCCUCGAGCAUGCUCUGCGCAUCGACCGUGUCUUCCGACAACCACAGGGCCAUCUCAUCCUAAUAGGCACCAGCGGUAGUGGCAAGACCACCUUGUCCAGGUUUGUAGCCUGGAUGAAUGGUUUGACCAUCUUCCAGAUCAAGGUUCAUGGGCGAUAUUCAGCAGAAGACUUCGAUGACGAUUUGCGGGGUGUUCUCCGCGCGUGUGGCUGCAGAGGCCAAAAGAUUUGCUUCAUCAUGGACGAAUCAAAUGUCCUGGACUCUGGUUUCCUAGAGCGGAUGAAUACUUUGCUUGCCAACGGAGAAGUACCUGGUCUUUUUGAGGGAGAUGAGUAUUCUGCUCUUAUGACAGCCUGCAAGGAAGGCGCUCAACGACAAGGUCUUCUCCUGGAUUCGCAAGAAGAGCUCUACAAGUGGUUCACCCAGCAGAUUGUGCGCAAUCUACACGUCGUGUUCACAAUGAACCCCCCACAGGAUGGUCUCUCCUCCAAGGCAGCUACUAGCCCUGCCUUGUUCAACAGAUGUGUUCUCAACUGGAUGGGCGAUUGGUCAGAUCAAGCUCUCUUCCAAGUCGGCUACGAACUGACACACUCGAUCGACCUUGACAAGCCAAAUUUCUCCGCCCCUGACAGCAUUCCUGUCGCAUAUCGUGGUCUCUCGCUCCCUGCCUCGCACCGCGACACUAUUAUCAAUGCAAUGGUGCACAUACACUACUCAGUACAGAAGACCAACGAACGGUUGGAGCGUCAGCAGGGCAUCGUUACUUAUCUUACACCUCGGCAUUAUCUGGAUUUCGUUACGCAAUUUCGCAAACUCUUCAGGGAAAAACGUGAAGAUCUGGAAGAACAACAACGACAUCUCAAUGUCGGUCUCGAUAAGCUUCGAGACACAGUCGAUAAAGUACGCGACUUGAGAGCUAGCCUGGACCAGAAGAAGCGUCAGCUGGAGCUAAAGGAUGCCGAGGCGAAUGAAAAGCUCCAACGAAUGGUUGCAGAUCAGCGAACCGCGGAGUCUCAGAAAACCACCUCCAUUGAGAUACAAACAGAGCUGGAGAAACAAGAAAAAGAAAUCGCGAGCCGGAAGGAGAUUGUGCUAGAAGACCUAGCCAAGGCGGAACCCGCGGUCAUUGAAGCGCAGCGAAGCGUCAGCAACAUCAAGAGACAACAUCUCACCGAGGUGAGAUCGAUGGCCAAUCCUCCAUCUGGUGUCAAGCUUGCUUUGGAAUCGGUUUGCACCUUACUUGGUCACAAAGUCGAUAAUUGGAAAGCCAUUCAAACUGUUGUUCGACGAGACGAUUUCAUUGCAAAUAUCGUCAACUACGACAAUGAAAAAGACAUGACACCAAGCUUACGGCAGAAGAUGCGGCACGACUUCCUGUCCAACGAUGACUUUACAUUCGAGAAGGUUAACCGUGCAAGCAAAGCAUGUGGACCUCUGGUACAAUGGGUGGAAGCCCAGGUCAAUUACUCUGAGAUUCUAGACCGCGUGGGACCUUUGCGAGCGGAAGUAGAGCAACUUGAGGACAAAGCUCUCCAAACCAAGGCAGAGGCCAAAGCCAUUGAGAACAGGAUCCUCAAGCUGGAGGAGAGCAUUGCAACCUACAAGACAGAAUAUGCUGCCCUGAUCAGUGAAACCCAAGCAAUCAAGAGCGAAAUGGCACGAGUUCAGACGAAGGUAGACCGCAGUCUACGUCUGCUCGACAGUCUGUCUUCCGAGCGUGUCAGAUGGGAGGCAGCCAGUAAGUCUUUUGAGACGCAAAUCCAGACCCUGGUUGGGGACGUGGUCAUUGCAUCGGCAUUCCUGGCGUAUGGAGGUCUCUAUGACCAACAGUUCAGAAAGACCAUGGUCGAUGAUUGGAUGCAUCACAUGUCGCAGUCUGGCAUUUCUUGCAAGACUGAUGGCUCAGUUCUUGGAUACUUGUCGUCUGCUGACGAACGACUGCAAUGGCAGCGCCACUCUUUGCCAGCUGAUGACUUGUGCAUGGAGAAUGCCAUCAUGCUCAAGCGCUUCAACCGGUAUCCAUUGAUCAUCGACCCACCCGGCAGGGUGACGGAAUUCUUGAAACAAGAGCAUCAAGGGCGGAAGCUGACAGUGACAAGCUUCUUGGAUGACGCCUUCACCAAGCAACUUGAAAGUGCUUUGCGUUUUGGCAAUCCGAUCCUGAUUCAAGACGCCGAAUAUCUGGAUCCUAUCUUAACCCAUGUCUUGAACAAGGAAUACCAGAAGACUGGUGGACGAGUGCUUAUCCAACUUGGCAAACAAGAGAUCGACUUUUCAGAGCACUUCCAAUUAUACCUAUCCACUCGGGACCCUUCAGCGGCCUUUGCCCCUGAUGUUUGCAGCAGAACUACCUUCAUCAACUUCACCGUUACCCGCAGCAGCUUGCGAACACAGUCUUUGAACGAGGUUCUCAAAGCUGAGCGUCCAGAUGUCGACAAGCGAAGAACAAACUUGGUCAAGAUGCAAGGAGAGUUUGACACAAACCUGCGGCAACUGGAAAAGAGACUUUUGCAAGCUCUCAACGAAUCUCGGGGCAAUAUUCUUGAUGAUGACAAUGUCAUUCAAACUCUCGAAACGCUCAAAAAGGAGGCCGCGGUCAUCACAAAGAAGGUGGCAGAAACGGAGGGAGUCAUGGCAGAAGUCGAGCGUAUUACACAAGGCUACAGCCACAUUGCCAACGCCUGCAGUGCCAUUUUUGCCUUGUUGGAGCAGCUUCACCACCUCAAUCAUGGGUAUCGGUUCUCGCUGCCAUACUUCAUCGACAUAUUCAACUCAGUCCUCCAUAACAACCCACAUCUUGCCAACAAGACAAAUCAUGAAGAACGUGGCGAGAUCAUCCUGAAGGACAUAUUUGUUGAGACUUAUCGACGAACGGCCCUAUCUCUGUUGCAAAAGGACCGCAUCACACUGGCAAUGCUGUUAGUCCGCGCCUCCCCAUACAGCUUUGAUCGAUCUGCCAUGGAAUUGAUAUUAGAAGACCGACCGCACUCCCGGGGCACUGUACCCACUGACACUCGUGCUGAGGACGUGUUGGCAGCUGUCAAGCGAAUUCCCGUUUUCAACAGCGACAAGAUCGACCCCUCAAGCAAGAGUUGGUUGCAGUUUCUCUCGGCAGAGCGUGCAGAGCACUGUGUUCCCACCAUUUGGAACGAUACCGACAGCGUGAUUGAUCAAAACCUCUACAAAUUGCUCCUUGUGAAGCUGGUCCGACCGGACAGGUUUUUGCCCGCAGCUCAAACACUGGUCGCAGGUGUUUUUGGACCCGAAAUCUUCCAGGGUACCGAUGACCUAGCAACAAUUGUCAACCAAGUCAAUUCCUCGAUCCCAAUUGCACUCUGCUCCAACCCCGGGUUUGAUGCAAGCUACAAAGUCGAUGCCCUUGUGGAGAAGCAGAAUGCAAACUGCGCCAAUGUUGCGAUGGGCUCUGAUGAAAGCGUUGCAAGUGCUGACAAGGCCAUCACCAGUGCCGCCGCAAAUGGUACAUGGGUUUUGAUCAAGAAUGUCCAUCUCGCGCCUCAAUGGCUACAGACUCUAGAGAAGCGCCUCUCGGCACUCAAACCGCAUAAUGACUUCAGAUUGUUCCUCUCCAUGGAGUCAAGCCCCAAAAUACCCGUUAACCUGCUCCAAGCCUCCAGAACGCUCGUCUAUGAGCAACCAGCGGGCAUGAGAGCAAAUAUGAAAGACACACUGACUGUGGUAUCCGACCGAGGCACCCGAACACCUGUCGAGAAGGGCCGGCUUUACCUUCUUCUCUGCUUCCUUCAUGCCGUACUUCAAGAGCGACUAAGAUAUGCCCCAACUCUCGGUUGGAAAGGACUUUGGGAAUUCAACGAUAGUGAUUACGAGUGCUGCGCUUUUAUCAUCGACGUCUGGAUUGAUGCAAUCGCGCAAGGAAGAUCGAAUAUCGCACCUGUCAAAUUACCUUGGGAUCUACUUCGAAACUUGAUUACCGAGAUGUACGGUGGAAAGAUCGAUGAUGAAGGCGACUUCUCAUUGCUCCGUGAGAUUGUCAGCAAAGUUUUCGACCCUGCAGCAUAUGAAAGUGACCAUGAACUGGUUUCCGCUCCCGACGAGGGCCAGGCACUCAAAGUUCCCUCUGGAACGACUAUCCGCGACUUCAUGGGCUGGGUGGAGCAAUUACCUGAGCGAGAGCCCCCAGCGUAUCUAGGGCUACCUGCAAACGCGGAGAAACUAUUACUGAUGGGCCAAGGAAGAGAAACAAUUGGCAACCUUGCCAGGAUUACGGAUUUACUUGAGGAAGGAGAGCAGACCUUGUCGUAG